AAGAAGCGCCAGGACAAGCCGUAUCCGCCCGGACCGAAACCACUUCCUGUCAUUGGCAAUGUGCACCAGAUGAACGCAUCGCGAGCGUGGCUGACGUAUACGGAGUGGAAGGAUGUUUACGGCGAUAUCGUGUACUGCAAGAUGUUCGGAACGGACGUGGUUGUCCUGAACACCGUGGAGGUAGCUGAAGACCUGCUGGAAAAGCGAUCGGCGAAUUACUCGGACAGACCGCAGAUGGGCAUCGUUGAGCCAUACGGCAUGACGUACAACGGAGCAAUGUACAACCACAACGACCUUUGGCGAGCGCACCGGCGAGUCACGCACCAGGGGCUGCGCCCGAACGGAGUGGUGGCUUUCCUCCCGAUGCAGCUUCGACGUUCGUCUGAGCUAGUUCAUAACUUGGCAACUUCACCCGAUGCGUACUGGCGUCACUUCCAAAGAUUCUCGGCAGCCGUCAUCCUAUCGUCAAUGUAUGGGCACGAGCUGGGAACAGGCGAGGACCCUAUUCUGAACAUAAUCGAAGAGGGCAUGGAGCUCGUCGUCGCCAUUGGAUCCCCUGAUAAUGCCCUUCUCGUUGACACACUUCCCUUCCUGAAGUACAUACCGACUUGGCUCCCUGGAGGCUUCUAUAACGCCAAAUCAUGUGCUAAGAAGCUGGCGGAAAUGACUACCAUACCUUUCGAAGGGCUCAAAAAGAGGAUUGCCACGGGGCCGUGUGGGCAUUCUCUCGCUGAAGACGCGCUCGCGCGAUUCCAAGACACAGGCAAGAUUGAGAACUUCGAGCAGGUUAUUAGAGACUGCUGUGGCACGGCGUAUGCCGCUGGCCAAGAGACGACCGCCUCGACACUCAUCAUCUUCUUGCUUGCCAUGGUCCUCAAUCCGGACGUUCAGGCACGAGCACGUGCGGAGAUAGAUGCCGUUGUUGGAACCGAGAGGAUUCCGACCUUCGAAGACCGGGGGACAUUGCCUUACGUCGAAGCUGUGUAUCAGGAGACCUUGAGAUGGAGGCCUGUUGUACCGCUUUGUAUCCCACACUGUACAACGAAGGAGGACAUCUAUAACGGGUACUACAUUCCCAAACAGGCGAUAAUCAUCCCGAACAUCUGGGCCAUGUCUCAAAACCCUGACAAGUUCCCGUCUCCUUCCGAAUUCAGGCCUGAGCGCUUCCUCGACGCCAAUGGGAAACUUACGGGUGACACCUCAGACUUCGUCUUCGGCUUCGGCCGCCGCCUCUGUGUCGGGCGCCACUUUGCCAGCGCCUCGGUAUGGGCAGCAAUGGCGCGCAUGUUGUCCCUCUUUGAGAUGAAGAAACCAAAGAACGAACAUGGCGACGAGUUUGCUCCAAACCCGGAGUGGACUACUGGCCUGACGUCUAUCCCAAAGCCAUUCCCGUGUAGUAUUGUUCUAAGGCGACCGUACAACGGCGAGUAUGAUAUUUUCGCUGAUUCUGCUUGAAAAUGAAUUGUAGCUUUGGCAACGUACGGGCUUUUCUACCUUACAUGUUCACGAUAUCUAAUUCCAUUCGGUAUAUACCUCCAUGUUUCUGUACGAAUUCAAGUGUGAUCCCAA